AUGCCAUGGACGGAGCUGAAAGAAAUGUUGAUGGCUGAGUACUGCCCCCGUGGCGAAAUCCAGAAGAUGGAGCAAGAGCUGUGGGAUCUCACCAUCCGAAACUCUGAUAUUGAUGCAUACAUAUCAAGAUUUAGCGAACUGUCAUUGUUGUGCCCUGGCAUGAUUACGUCAGAAGGAAAGAAAAUCGAACGAUUCAUCUGGGGAUUGACCUCCCCAAUUCAAGGAAAUGUAAUCGCUGCAAAUCCUGAAACCUUCGACAAUGCCAAGAGGUUGGCCAAGAAACUGUACGACCACAACAACAAAAAGGGCGAGAAGCCAGCAGAAAUUGAAGGCAAGAAGGAGAGUGACAACAAGAAGGGAAUGAACAACAAGAGAAAAGGGCGACAAGGCUCGGAGUCGACAAAGAAGCAACAAACAGUGACAGUCAACGCUGUAACCACCCAAGUACCCUUCACACCACAUGCUCCAGCCUCAGCUAAUCCAAGCGCUCCUAGGCAGUAUUAUGGGAAUCUCCCAAAGUGCAACAAGUGCAGUCUCCAUCAUAAUGGUGAAUGCAAGGAAAUGCAAUGCACCAGUUGCAAUCGGAAGGGUCACACGACAAGGUAUUGCAGGACCUAUCCACCCCAGAACCAACCAGAAGGAAACAACAACAACAAUAGCCGCAACAACAACAACAACAACAACAACACCAACAAUAGCUGCAAUAACACAGGAUCAAGCCCCAGCUGCUAUGGAUGUGGAAAGACUGGGCAUAUCCGUCGCAAUUGCCCCAACACCAACAACCCUGGGAACGGAGGAACGGGAAGGGUGUUAGCAAUGGGUCAAGGAGAAGCGGUUCAGGAUCCCGCUGUUGUUACCGGUACGUUUCUCCUAAACCACACUUAUGCAUGCAUCCUAUUUGAUACCGGGGCAGAACGAAGUUUUGUGAGCAAUAAAUUCAAACACUUAUUGAAACAACAACCCCAGAAGCUUAAUGAAACCUUCACGGUGGAAAUGGCUAAUGGGAAAACAGAAUCCACUGGGGAAAUCUACAUCGGAUGUACCCUGACUUUAAAUCAUCACGUCUUUCCAAUAAACUUAAUGCAUGUUUCCAUUAGGAGUUUUGAUGUGAUUAUCGGCAUGGAUUGGUUAAGCCCCCACCAUGCUGAAAUUAUGUGUCACGAGAAGGUCGUUCGCCUUCAUCUCCCAAAUCACGAAUCCCUAGUUAUUUACGGAGACAAACCCAGCACGAACCUUCGUCUCAUCUCGUGCAUUAAGGCACAAAAGUACCUACGAAAGAAGGACUUGACGUUUCUAGCUCAUAUAGUGGAUAAGUCCAAAGAAGAGAUCAAUAUUCGAAACAUCCCUGUGGCUUGUGAUUUCCCGGAUGUCUUUCCGGAGGAUCUUCCGGGGAUACCCCCAGAAAGACAAGUCGAGUUCCGAAUUGACCUAGUGCCAGGAGCUACUCCCAUCGCCAAAUCACCCUACAGAUUGGCUCCUGCGGAGAUGCAAGAGUUGUCCAGUCAACUCAAGGAGCUUUUGGACAAAGGAUUCAUCCGACCCAGCUUCUCACCUUGGGGAGCUCCGGUUCUCUUUGUCAAAAAGAAAGACGGUACCUUCAGGAUGAGUAUCGACUACAGAGAACUUAAUAAGCUUACCAUCAAAAACCGCUAUCCACUUCCGCGAAUCGACGAUCUAUUUGACUAG